ACUGUGAGGUGGAGUGGUCGAUCAAAUUAACUAAAGAAGAAACAUCACUCGCGAUUCACUCAUGCGUCUUUUACAAGGAUUAACUAUUUAGCACUGAUACAAAAUGCACACAUUAUUUCAUACUGAGUGGUGACUUUGGAGGUGUUAAGUUGCUCACGGAUUUCGGGUGCUGUAAUGUCUCAUGAUGAUGUUACACGGCACCCAACACAGUGAUAGUCCCGUUGUUGAAUCCAGACCUAAGGAGGUCUCUUUACUCCCUCCUCUAAGCACAAACCGUAAUUGCAUCCAGAAGAAUUGUGAUUCAGCAGAUGACUCUGAUGAGGAAUCCAGGACCUCUCAGUUCCUCACGACUCGAUGGCGUUCCAAGUCCAAGAUGGGACCUGAUAGAUUAACGGUGAACCAGUCGUCGAUGUCAGACAGCUUUGUACUCCCACGAAUUAACGGGUCGUCUCAGUCCAAUACCGAGCAUCACGAUCGGACCACUCGGAAGUCGCGAACCUCCCUGAGCUUUCCGAAGCGGUCCCGGGACACAUGCAUCCCUUUGUCGAAGAGUUGCCCGUCUCUAAUGAACAACGCUUGGCGCCGGUCGUCGAGGGUUGGUGACACACCGGACGGCUACGAGGACGACAACGACGAUGACACCGACGAUGACGAGUUUGAGGACAGUGAAUCAUCACAGCGAGAUCUUAAAUCGAGAUCUCAUAACUCUGAGCUACUACGGUUGAGGAAAUCCAACUGCCACAUCGAUGAGAACUGUAACCACCACAAGGAUAUGACAGACGGAGUGGUUCGGAAACUGGCCAAAUUGGAAUCACCAAGAGGUAAACACAAUCAUCGUCAGCACUCUAAAACCAAAGAGUCUGAAACCAAGUUCCCUGACAUAUUCAACAGCCCCAAUAGUCUUUCCACUUCCCAACAACUCUUCAAAAAACCUGAUCAAUGUGAGCAAAGUAAAAACACACAGACAUCUCAAGGUCAUACUAGAACUCGACUUGGCAACCUCAAAUCUAAACCAAGUUGUGAGAGUCUAGAUCCAGAAGUUAGAAUUCCUGAGUAUGUUGAAGGAGUAAGGGACAACUCACUGGACAUGGAUUGCUCUCCAUGGGACGCGAACGGUAAGGUUGAGGCAGACCGACAGCAGUACUCCAAACCCUCCACGAGAGUUGGAAAGAAGAAACGCAAGCAGCAGAAGAGACAGCGGACGCACGGGGAGCAGCUAGACAAACCUAAUCUCAUCCGAGAUGUUACACAAGCUGACAUUAAAUGCAGGACUUGGCUAGUAGAAGGCCACCAGGAGAGCGCUCCAAAACUGGCCACAUCUGAGCAAUCUGAAGUUAUCUAAGGACCUGUGUAAGCCGGUGUGCCAUUAUUUUAAUUAAGGCAAACUUGCACUUUCCGUAUGUAUUAUAAAAGUAAGGAAACAGUAACUUAUUUAUGAUGUAAAUUUAGAGGUUUUCAACACCGAGUGUGCAUGAAGCAAACGUUGCCAAAUUUCGUGAAUUUUUCUUGCAACCAAACAUCCAACAGUUAGUUUGAUGUUUUCAAAAGUCACAAAGUUACUGGUUUGCCAAAAAAAUAUAUAUAAUGCUGGAUGUUUUACUACAAAAGCUUUGAAGAUUGAUUAAUAAAACAAGGAUCCCAAGCUCAACCUCACACUUGUCAUGAAUAUACAUUUAUAGAGAAACAAACACAAAACCUCCAGGCUCGAUAUGUUCCUUACGGAAAAAAAGUCUCGAACAUUGUUUUUUGUAUCAAAGAGGGAUCCAUUGCAAGGGAUGCUCAUAAAUUUAGCUACAAGCAAAAGUGAUAAAAGGUCAUUUUCCCACUUAGCACUACUGUAAAGUACCUAAAAAGUUAAGGUAAUUUUAUAAAAUGUGUCAUGGAAAGAAAGGGACGAUGGAAACCCUCUAUAGAAACUCGACAUAUUUUAAAGGCAGUGGGCACUAUUGGUAAUUGUCAAAGACUAGCCUUCACAGUUGGU